AGCAAGAGGAGAAUGUGAGCAAAACCCCCAGAACUGCUGUAUGUGGCUAAAUAAGAAGCAUUAAUCCUGGGGCUGGGGACUGGAACUGUUUCCAAAAACAGAGGGAGAAUUUCCCAGCUCCUGAGGCAGCUUCCAAGCUCAGGAUGGAGCUGGUGAGCUGGCAGGACCCCCAGCUCCGAGAGGUCGUGUGGUUCGCGGUGUGCUGCAGAGCCCUGGCACUUCUGCUGCAGGCCCUGUUUAACCUCCUGCUCCCAGACCACGCCGCAGACGCCUUCUCCCCGCCGCGCCUGCCGGAGCCGGGGGGCUGCGACGCGCUGCUGGAGCGGCUGCUGGGGGGCCUGUCGCGCUGGGACGCCGAGCACUUCCUCUUCAUCGCCGAGCACGGCUACCUGUACGAGCACAGCUGCGCCUUCCUGCCGCUGUACCCGCUGAGCCUGCGCGCCCUGGCGCACGGGCCCCUGCGCCCGCUGGCACCCUGGCUGCGCCCGCGGAGCCGCCUCCUGCUCUCGGCCGCGCUGCUCAACUGGCUGCUGGCGCCGCUGGCGGCCGCUGCCCUGUACCGGCUGGGCCGCGCCGUGCUGAGCUGCCGCAGGCUGCCUUUCCUCGCCGCACUCCUCUUCUCCGUCAGCCCUGCCGGUGUGUUUCUGGCGGCCGCUUACUCGGAGAGCGUCUUUGCCUUCCUGGCCUUCGGCGCCAUGUGGCAGCUGGAGCAGGGGCAGGGCUGGCUCAGCGGGCUGCUCUUCUCGCUGGCCGCCGGGGCGCGUGCCAACGGGCUGGUUAACGCCGGCUUCUUCCUCUACUCCCGCGCCAGACGCCUGGCCCUGCGGCUCCAGGCGGGUCCGGGCGCAGCGGAGGAUCUCCCUCCGUUGUGGCAGCAGCUCCUCAGCCUGACAUCCUCAGCGGUUCUGCUGUGUGCAGGGAUUGCUCUGCCUUUUGCUUUGUUUCAGUACUAUGCCUACGUGAGGUUCUGUGGCCCCGGCUGGGGCCCGGAGCAGCCCGUUCCCAGCCCGCUGCUGCAGCUGGCUCUGGACAAGGGCUAUCGUCUGGCGGCCGUGGAUGGGGUCAAACCCCCGUGGUGCUCCCAGCCCUUCCCUGUGGUCUAUUCCUAUGUUCAAGACUCCUACUGGAAUGUGGGCUUUCUGAGGUAUUUUGAGCUGAAGCAGAUACCAAAUUUCCUGCUCGCUUUGCCUGUCACGCUCCUGGGCUCGUGGGCCGCCUGGACCUACGCCGUCGCAGACCCCCGGCACUGCCUCACUCUUGGUCUGGAGAGAAGAAAGAGCGAAGAAGAGAGUAAACCAAGAGCUGGCUUUUGCUGCCCUGCUGCCUUUGUGUACGUGGUCCAUGCCACAGCCCUGCUGCUGUUUGGAUUCUUCUGCAUGCACGUGCAGGUGCUGACCCGGUUCCUCGGCUCCUCCUCUCCUGUCCUGUACUGGUUCUCUGCUCACCUGCUGCAAGAACACGAACCUUUACUCAGGACCGAAGGGACUGAUGAUGAAACCACAGCAUCUCCUUCCAAGGACGAGUCUCUUCGAGGUGAAUCUGCUGCUCCCUGUGGGAAGAGGACUUGUGAGAACCCUGUGUGGAUGCUGCUGAGGAACUGGAGGUCCAUUACCCCCCUCAGCAAAUGCGUGCUGGGAUUCUUCCUGUCCUACUGGCUGCUGGGACUCAUUCUGCACUGCAACUUCUUGCCGUGGACAUAGGGGAGGGACGUAGGGUAGGGCCCAUGUUGGUGCGGGCGGGUCACGGGGCAGAACUGGAACUCGCGUUUCCUAACAGGCUGGACGUGUGUGAGCCGCUGCUGCCUGACAAAGGCGUUUCUGCCCCGUUCCUGCGUCCCUGCCGGGCUGAGCAUGUGCUCGGUGCCGCGGUGCUGCACCAUCCAGCCCUUCAACACCACGGAAAGGUGCCCGGGACGAUGCAGGGAGCCUGUCCUGCCGCUCCCGGGGGGAUGCUCUGACACGGGCACCCGCCUCUGUCCGCUCGCUACGCGUCGGGAAAGCCCCGGAGCUUGCCGAGGGGGCGAAGAGGUGGGGAGGGGGCGAAUGGUCCCGACUGCUCCGGCGCGAACGGCGGCGGCUUGGGGACACCCCCCGGCACCGGUCACCGCGCGCGGCUCGGCGGGGGCGGGGCUUUGCGGAGGGGCGUGGCCUGGAUGAGGGUCGGGAUUGGACGCGUCUGUGAAUGGGGCGUGGCUUAUGAGAAAAGGGCGUGGCCUGUGAAUGGCGCGUUCGUGUCUCUCAUUGUC